AUGUCGCUUCUCAUAGCAGUCGCCAAAGCUGCCCAGUUUACCGAUGCCUUCUUGACCGGUCUCUUGGUCCCUCUUAUCCCGACGAUUCUGGAGACCAGGGCGGGAGUACACCACAAGCAUGUGCAGUUUUGGACAUCGAUCCUUAUCUCAACGUAUGGUGGCGCAUUCGCAGCUGUAUCUUCAUUCGUCCCCCACCUAACCCGCCAAGGCCCUCUUCUUUGGGUCCUCCUCUUCGGCGGCCUUGGUCUAGCAGCGGGCUCCUUUGUCCUGUUGCAAUUCCACUCCAACCUAUUCUUCCUUGUCCUCUCCCGUGCCCUACAUGGUAUCGCAGGUGUGGCGAUCGCGAGAGCUAGCUCCAGCUUGGUCGCCGGUGUGGUCUCGGUCUGCAGCGAAGACGAGGAGGAUGAAGACGACGACGGAACCACUGCUGUCGACGUGUUGACGUGGAUGACCCCGGCGUUUAUCCAGAGUUUUGCCAUUUCGGUCGCGCCGACGUCCGCGGGAUUGCUGCAUGGUUUCUUUGGCGGGCAAGCGGCCGUGUUUACGCUGGCUUACGCGGUUAUUGCUUUGACGGUUGUGUUUGGAGGUCUCGUGGCGGUGGUAACGCCGCCGGGCAGGUGUCCUAGGACAAGAGGCGAUCGACAUGAGGCAGAGGGGCUUCUUGCUUCUCAGGAAGACUCUCAAAAUUAUGGGACUCUUUCCUCCCGUGGAGGGUAUUCCUCGAGAGAAGUAUCUCCCGGUCACGUCUCCCGUCAAUCGACAAGACGACCCAGUUUAGCGGCCUCCGAAGUCACUGUCCCUCAGGAGGGAGUGCUAACCCCCGCCGCUUUGCGCCUCAUUGUGCCCAUGGGAGGAUACAUCGCUCUCAGUCUCAUCGGUUCAGCGCUACAAAGUGUGCUUCCGAUUUUCGUGCAGCGAACAUUCGACUGGCCCAUGGCCGCCAGCGGCUUUGUCUUCGUUCCCCUUUCGGCUCCGGCUGCUUUGGUCGGCCUCUUAACGACCCCGCUUACGACUCGGUACUCGCAGGCUUCUCGGUUGCUAACAUCAUUUGGUUUCAUCGCGGCUGCUCCGGCUUUUACUUGCUUGGGCGGGUUGACUCAGAACAAGAUGACUGUUCAGACGGCACUACUGGCUACCCUUGGCUGGAUCUCUGUAGCCUUCGGUCUCUGCGGCGAGCCGCUCGUGAAAGAGAUUAUUGAUGCGGUCGCAGGUGGAGAGGAUGUCAUUGAGAUGGGAGGCCUGUCAACAAGCGCAGCAAAGGCUGAGAGUCUGCCCAGUCUCGCCAAUGCCUGGGGCAGUUUCGUUGGUCCGCUUCUUGCUGCAACCGUCAUGGGAGUUUCCGGGUGGGGAGGGCUGACCACAACAUUUUCAUGGGUGUGUGGGUGCGCUGGACUGACCGCGUUGUUCUUCUUGGGCGGGUUGCUUACCGAUGCAGAUUUUGAGAGCGCUGGAACAUCGUCAGCAGAUUCCUCCGACGAGGAGGCAGCACCUUUGUUGCAGGACAAGGGUGAUCCGCCCGACACGUCGCCUUACUACCAAGAUCCCCAUACAAGCCAGAAUGGGGGUCUUGGUAAACUUCAGCAAAACGGAAUCCUCCAUGCCCCCAAAACGGAGCAGAGCAACAUGACAUCGGGAUCGAGCAGCUCCUCGGCUACCAAGGCCCGCCGCCGAAACUUCAGCGUAGGCAACUUCUCCCUCGCCACAACCACGCAGUCCACUCUGCCACCAGGCGAAAGCUUCCAGUCAGACGACUCAGCAUCAUCCAACGUCCGCUUUCAAGCAUCCUUCGAGACCGACUUGCCGAUCCCGACCCGUCUUCAGAACCCCGAGCGUCGCCUUCUUAUGAAGAUGGUUCCUCACCUGCCGGGAACAGAUCCGCUGCUGGCUUCUGGAAACCGCUACGCGGUCGACCACUCCUCCGAACAGUCGAACGAGAACGGCGAUGAAGAAUCUAUGGGCCCAAAAAGCAAGAAGCACGUGGUGGUAUUUGAAGAGGGCGCGGCCCCGCCUGAGCUGCUCCGAAGCCGACCGCAUUAUAUCGUAGCCAUCAACCGCGAUGGUUCACCAGAGAUAUUGUCGACGGCUGAUCCGAAGUUACAUGAUCAUGCGAUGCACAUCACGGAGGAGACGACAGACGAAACGGCCGAGCAAGAACUACCGGAGGGGUCGAGGCGGUACGUGGUGGUCUUGCUGAACGAAGGUGAGACGGGGCUGGAAGUAACUGACUGA